GACCACCUACCGAAUUUAUUGUGUAAAAUGAGUGCUGUUUGAAUUCGCUCACAAUACAACUUUAAAACUAGCCUUUCCGUUGAAGGCAGGUCCCCGAUGCUCUCUAACCACUCUAUCAGACAUUUAUGUUGGCCAUGUUAUUACUUAUUUGUUAUCUUGGUGUUAGAAUUAAUAUUGUACAGACUGCCGAUUUUUAACGCUGUUGUAUUUGAACAAUUGUACCAAAUUAUUAACCUAUGCUGAAUUUUUUUUUUAAGUGAACUUAACAUUUUGGCAGAAGGGCCAAAGACGUUCUCGGACCGUAUACACAGACGAAUUGCUGCAACAGUUAUUUGUUGUCAUUCGUUGUUUGCGUGUCGAAGUACAGACACGUUGGUGCUCGUUCUUCCUGGCCGAUUGUAGAUGUGCGUGCGAACAAAAAUGUUGACCACCAGCGAUUAAUAGGUCAGUCCCUCCCCCAAUUCUCAAUCCCCGCCUCUACUGUUAGCUUUUUGUCAUGUUUACAGAUCUAAUAUUUCGGAAACUGCGCACACUGCACGUACCCGGACUGGAAAUACUUCACAAACUUAUAUAAAUAGCAUGCCCUACUUUUGUGUUGACGACAGCGACGACUGACCUCCGUUUGUAACAGUAGAUACACGGCUCUCGCUGGUGUUGGUCCUGGGGAGUACGUACAUAGUGUUGACGUUGGUGUUCGGGUUGUAGAUAUGACAAGCGCCCUUGGAAAACCUACUUCUUGUUGUUAAUCACAGUUUAUCUUUCUGUAAGCGGGCAUCCUAUCGGGUGCGUGUACCUUGUUUAGCAGACGCCCAGGUACGAUUUUCUCAAGUCAAGACCUCGUCCCAGAGAAGGUCAGCAUGGCUGUGUAGCAGACGGUGGUCUUGCCGUCCUCCUCAAUGGCAGUCACAGAAGCAUUGUAGAGCUUGGUCACGUCGCUGGCAACAUGGCCUCGUUCAGGAGCACAAAGACUCAUUUCAAAAAUCUGAGCAGAAGAUUUUUGGAAGGGGAGGUGAUAGAAGAGCGAGGCGCAGCUGCAGAGGCCGAGGACGAGCUGUAUCGCCUAGUGCCUAGUGACAACGAAGAUGGUGACGAUGAUGAUGUGGAUCGAGAUGGUCGGCGAGAGACUGUCGUACAGUACUACAACGAGCAGGAGCUCGGCAACGGCGACACUAUCAAGGCGACGAUAGAAAACACGCCCAACAAACGAAAGAAGUCUCUUCGAAAAAGGGUGCGGAGGCGAGUAUGGAAGGCUAUGCGGAGCAGCUGGAAGUACGUCAGAAGAGGGAUGGAGGAUUACUCCCGUUCCACUGGGAUGGCCGCCAUGUUUCUGUGGGGUGCUAACUUUAGCAGCCCUAACAGUUGGAAACGUUAGCUCUGCUGCAGCCAUUGAGUUCCCCAAACUGCUGUGCUUAUUGGUGCCAUCUCGUGGGAGAUUUCCUUACAGGGGUUACGAUUUGAAACCCAGACUCGAUCAGUAGUCCUUGAUGUUCAACUUCAGACUCAUUCAAGAGUAUGGGCUUCAUUAUAUAAUACCAUAAGAGGUUAGAAGCUUGAAAGUACAAUAUUCUGAUCAUCGGCCAACGAAAUGUGCUGUUUCUUGUGUUGAGAGUCAAGCCAAGGAAGUCAGUGACUUUAUUAUUUCUCUACGACAAAGUCAGCUGCCAGCAGGAUAACAUAUCAGCAUGUAUUCACUAAAUAAAUGACAAUAAAACAUUUGCUGUUGCGUUCAGAAGUGGCUUACGCUGCUGAUCACACGAUAAACAAGCUUAAGUGUCACACAACGUGUCACAUACAUUCGUGUAAAUGGAUGCUAUGAACUUUUUCACGGGAUUCAUCAUGCGACACCGUUGCCUGUUACAUUGUUACACUUGCCGGUGCUUGUAAUGUAAUACAAGACAAUAAAUUAAGGUCCUAAGAAAGUGCGCUGCUUCAACUUGGAUCGUAUUCUGAAGGAAGCUCUCAUAUUGUUUUUUUCAAAUGAAAACAAACUUCGCCGUGGUGUGUGUGUGUCAGCGAGAGAAAGAGAGAGAGAAAAAAAUACCUUGCAAGGAAUAUAGCCAUAACCCAUUAAGUAUGAUCGAGUUAUGUUUCAAUUGAUAUUUAUUUUUUUAUUUUUUUUUAUUUUUUUUUUUUUGCUUUUUAGUUAGCUCUUAGGUGUACGAUUUACACAAAGAUCAAAAUUAGUGUAAUUAUUGUCACUUGUCAUUUUAGUAUACCUGUCAUCAGUUCUCUUUUUAGGUCCUAUGCUUCACUGGGGGAGAAUAAACAAGAAGAAGAUCGAAGUCAUCAGUUUUCAUUAUCAAGUUACUUUUCUUUCCUGUUUCAUUAUGAUUAAAAUUCAUUUGAUUAUUAUUCGUCUCUCUUAUUAAAUGUUUUAAUCGUUACUUA